GGGAGCGCGCGAGGUUGACGAGUACGCACCCGUAAACAUGGCGGAUCUAGCAGAGCAGUUGUUGUCCGUACUGUCCACUAUACGCGUUCCCAAGCCAGGGGACAGGGUUCACAAAGAUGAGUGCGCCUUUUCAUUUGAUAAUCCGGAAUCAGAUGGUGGACUUUUUGUUUGCAUGAAUACCUUCCUCGGAUUUGGUGCGAAUUGGGUGGAGAGGCAUUACAGAAAAACAGGACAACGGGCCUUUCUGCAUAUCAAGAGAAUUCGAAAACCGAAAAAGGAAAUUGAGGGUAACUCUGGUUCUGGAGAUCCACCUAGGAAGAAGCCCACGAGACUGGCUAUUGGAGUGGAAGGUGGCUUUGAUGUGGCAUCAGAGCAAGCUCAGUAUGAAGAAGAAGUGAAGCUCAUUAUAUUUCCUGAGAAACAAGAAGUUAUAUCAGAUGAGCUGAAUAGUCUACCAGAUGUAGUAAGGGAGCGGAUAACUGCCUCAAUAACUGGUAUACUGGCUGCUGAUGCAGCAUCCCGGAAGGAGCAGGUUCAGGAAUGGGAUGGUGAGGUGCGACAAGUGUCCAAACAUGCAGCUAGUCUGAAGCAGUUAGACAAUGGUGUGCGUAUCCCUCCAAGUGGCUGGAAGUGCCAAGCUUGUGAAAUGCGUGAAAAUUUGUGGCUGAACUUGACUGAUGGUGCAAUCUUGUGUGGACGGCGAUAUUUUGAUGGCAGUGGCGGAAACAACCAUGCUGUACUUCACUAUAAUGAAACUGGCUUUCCUCUAGCUGUCAAACUGGGCACUAUUACACCUGACGGUGCAGAUGUUUAUUCUUAUGAUGAGGAUGAUAUGGUAUUGGACCCUCACCUUCCUGAACAUCUUGCUCACUUUGGAAUAGAUAUGAUGUCAAUGCAGAAGACUGAUAAAACAAUGACCGAACUAGAGAUUGACAUGAAUCAACGAAUUGGAGAAUGGGAAGUUAUCCAGGAGUCCGGUGUUGCCCUCAAGCCGCUAUAUGGCCCAGGAUAUACUGGCAUGCAAAACCUUGGCAACAGUUGCUAUCUAAAUUCUGUAAUGCAGGUCAUCUUUAGCAUUACAGAUUUCCAGAACAAGUAUGUUGCAAAUUUGGAGAAGUUGUUUCAGGAUGCACCAACAGAUCCAACUCAGGACUUCAGAACACAAGUAGCAAAGCUAGGUCAUGGACUUCUCUCUGGAGAGUAUUCCCAUCCAAAUUCAAAUGGAGACAAUGGUGAUGCUGGUUCUGAGAAUAGGGGGGAACAGGUGGGGAUCUCCCCCAGAAUGUUUAAGUCUUUAAUUGGAAAGGGUCACCCUGAAUUUUCAACCAACAGACAACAGGAUGCUCAAGAAUUCUUCUUGCACUUCAUUAACAUGGUGGAGCGUCACUGUCGUAGUUCAGACAACCCCAGUGCAGCUUUCCGGUUUCUUAUAGAAGAACGAAUCAGGUGCUUAUCAUCUGAGAAGGUGAAAUACAGCCAGCGUGUUGAUUACAUCAUGGCAUUGCCUGUACCACUUGAUCAAGCCACCAACAAGGAUGAGCUGAUGGAUUAUGAAGUCAAAAGGAAGGAGGCAGAGCUAACAAAAUCCCCACUACCAGAACUUGUACGUGCCAAAAUACCAUUUGAUGCUUGUUUAAGCGCCUUUUCAGAACCAGAAACUGUUGAAGAUUUCUGGAGUGCAGCUGUGCAGGGGAAGUCUGUUGCCAGCAAGACAACUCGUUUUGCUUCAUUUCCCGAUUACCUUGUGAUACAAAUUAAAAAAUUCACAUUUGGACAAGACUGGGUGCCUAAGAAAUUGGAUGUUUCCAUCGAGAUGCCAGAUACAUUGGACAUUAGUUCCCUUCAGGGAGUGGGGUUGCAGCCAGGAGAGGAAGAGCUGCCUGAUAUGGCUCCACCCCCUUUGAUGACUCCAGAUAUCGAGGUCAAAGGUAGCCUGGGUGGUUUCCAUAGCAACACUGAGGAAGACGACUCCCUCUGCUCUCCGCUGUUUUCUCCUACCUCUCCUGUGCUUGAUGAAUCAGUUGUCACUCAGCUAGCUGAAAUGGGUUUUCCUCUAGAUGCCUGCCGUAAGGCUGUAUUUUUUACUGGGAACAGUGGGGCAGAAGCUGCCAUGAACUGGGUGAUGUCUCACAUGGAUGAUCCAGAUUUUGCAGCACCACUUGUUUUACCUGGCUCUGGUUCUGCUCCUUUGGAUACCCCCACAUCUCAGACAACACCAGAACCACCUCCGUCUGAGGAACAUUUAGCUACUAUCAUCUCUAUGGGUUUUUCACGUGAUCAGGCAUCACGUGCACUAAGAGCCACGAACAAUUCUUUGGAUCGAGCAGUUGACUGGAUUUUCAGCCAUAUUGAUGAUUUAGAUGCUAUGGACAUCUCAGAAGGUCGAUCUGCCGCAGAGUCAGUUUCUGAGUCUGUGCCUGUAGGACCACGUGUGCGGGAUGGGCCUGGCAGGUAUGAACUCUUUGCCUUCAUAAGCCAUAUGGGCACAUCCACAAUGUGUGGUCACUACGUCUGCCAUAUCCGCAAGGAUGGGAGAUGGGUGAUUUUCAAUGACCAGAAAGUUUGUGCCUCUGAAAAACCCCCCAAAGAUUUGGGCUACAUUUAUUUCUACCAAAGAAUUAACAGCUAGGAAGAAGGGUUACGGAUUGGGGCAAUCACUUUCGCAAGUUUGUGAGAGGUGGGAGACCAGCCACCUGCACCAUAGCUGGCUUGAUGAAAAAUAUCUAUGCUAUGUUGUGUCUUCGGAGAAAGUGAUUUUUCUCUGUAAGGUAGCAGGAUUGGGACACAUUUCAUUGGAAAAUAAAUUGUAUAGCUGCUAUGUUGAAAUAGAUUGUGACAAAUGCAGCAGUGCUGUCAAUGUAUUUGCACAAACAUAAAUACUUGUGUUUGCUGACUUGCUUUUUAUGAAUGGUGUAUAAACAAGGCUGCUUACCCAUAUUUCCCCAAAGGCUCACCGAGUUUGACCACUGCUGAGAAUGUCGACAGUGUUCAAGCCCCAGCAAUGUCAUCAUUAACAAUCAAAUAGAAAUGUUUUCUAAAUAUGGAUGUUUUUUGGUGGAAGACUGAAAAACCUAAAAUAAAAUACACUGCUCAAACAGG